CAACAAUGUUGGAUGAUGAUGAUGUUGAGAUUAUUCAUUCAAGUCAAUCUAUCGAAAGUUCACCUAAAUAAGUGAUUAACUUUUAAAUUAUUCCCAACCUCUAAUCUGAUAAUCAAGUAAUUCGUUAUCUAAAAUUUAGAAACUGUAGUAGAGCAAUAAGUCUCUGGAGAUGGAGAUCAAACAAUAUAAGCAAUUAUUGGAGUAAACCUUGGAAACUCUGCGAUAAUCUGAAAGAGAUCAAAAUACUUUGAGUAUGACUAUUUGAGCAUCUAAAUUUUAGAACUUUAACUUUCCUAAAAAGAUUUUCAACUCUAAGUCAUACAAGCGACUGCAGAAGAUCGCUAAAAGAGCCAAAGAAUUGAUUCUCAUAAAAAAAUAAAAGACAGCAAUUCUAGUAAACCAUAUAAAAUAUUAUAAGACCGAGAUUCAUUUGGCAAUAAAUAAACAAAUGUGUCUUCAGUUGGUGGUUUUUUAUCAUCCACUUAAAGUCCUCGUUGUCGAUGUGAUAGCGUAAUUUUGCUUCAUCAUUAUAUAGUUUCAUUCCCGUGGAUAGACACUUAUCGAGACCUUGAGAAAGAUUCAAUUCUCUUUAAAAUAAAAUGAACAAGCACCUCAUUCCUAAGAUCUAGUCAAAGUAUUAUAAGAGUUCGAGGAAAAUUUAAAAUACUUUUUAACUCUUCAUGAUUAAUAUGCAAUAGAAGUAUUUCGUUACUUUAAUUUCUAAAUUUAGAUUCACCAAAAUAAAUUGGAUUAAACAGAAAAACCUACUUAACUUAAGCAAUCCUCCUAACAUUCCAUGAGUGAUCAUUUUCAUUCCGUGGAAGACUACAAUAACAAUUAAAGUCCAAAUUAGCAGAUAUUCAACAAUGAUGAUCUCGACACCAGCCAAUUCGAAAGUGAAUAACACAUAAAAUUGUAAUUUGAGUGUUUCGAAAUGUCAUUGGCUAAAGUGAAUGAGGAAGAAAAACAAUAAUGGAAAUAAAAAAUACUAUAAUUAAUUAACACACUUUGAA